CAUACUCAUCCACAUCAAAACCACUGCCCCCUAGGCCCCUUCCAGGAAAGAAGAAUUCAAACUCCAUAGCAUAACUUAGCUGACUUUACAAUUAAUAUACUCCCAAUGGGGCACAAAUUUCCAUUGCCCCAACUAUUUCUACAAACAUCACACCCACCACCAAUCACCCAUCUUUAAUCAUCAAUCUUUCAUCCAUUCUUCUUCAAAUACUGAGCACUCAACCAUCAACCAGUAACAGAUCAUGGGUUGUUUCUCUUUCUUCUUCAACAGCAGAUCAGACCCACCAAAAGGAUUCCCUGAAUUUUCAAAUGAGCUAUCUGAGGUUCAGAAUCUUAAACUUUACUCAUACAAAGAAUUAAGAAUUGCUACAGAUGAUUUCAGCCCAGCUAACAAGAUAGGGGAGGGUGGAUUUGGUCCUGUUUAUUGGGGAAGAUUAAAACAUGGGAAAUAUGCUGCUAUAAAGGUUCUUUCUGCUGAGUCAAAACAAGGAGCAAGAGAAUUCUUGACAGAAAUUAAAGUCAUUUACGAUAUCGAACAUGAGAAUUUAGCUAAGCUUCGCGGAUGCUGUGUUGAAGGAGAUCACAGGAUUUUGGUGUACGAUUAUAUCGAAAAUAACAGCUUGGCUCAGACCCUUCUUGGUUCAGGGCAUAGUAAUAUACAGUUUAGUUGGAGAACAAGAACCAAGAUUUGCAUUGGAAUCGCUAGAGGGCUCGCGUAUCUUCACGAAGAAGUGCGGCCACAUAUCGUUCACAGGGAUAUUAAAGCAAGCAAUAUUCUUCUUUCAAAAGAUUUAACACCAAAGAUUUCGGAUUUUGGUCUGGCAAAGUUAAUACCCGCGAAUAUGACCCAUGUUAGCACGCGCGUGGCUGGAACAAUUGGUUAUUUGGCGCCAGAAUACGCGAUUAGAGGCCAGUUGACGCGUAAAGCUGAUGUUUAUAGCUUUGGUGUUCUUCUCAUAGAAAUUGUUAGUGGGAGAUGCAACACAAACUCAUUGUUGCCUCUUGAAGAACAAUUCAUUCUUGAGAGGACAUGGGAUCUAUAUGAACGAAACGAGUUGGUAGAGCUCAUAGACACAGCAAUGCACGGCGAGUUUGAUGUAGAAGAAGCGUGUAAAUACUUAAAAAUCGGUCUUUUAUGCACCCAAGACAUCACAAAGCUUCGACCCAUGAUGUCAACCAUUGUGAAGAUGUUAUCGGGUCAAAUAAACGUCAACGAUUACAAGAUUACAAAGCCGGGCCUGAUUUCAGAUUUCAUGGAUCUCAAGAUCAGAAGCAACCCUAAUAAACCUGCUUGUGCUAAUCAAGAUCAAAAAAAGAACACAUACAAUACUACCACUUCUUCAGGUUCUGAUAAUGCAGAACAUUCAUCAGCAUCAUCAUCCAACACCACAUCACCAUCCACCAUGACAUAUACAAAUGCAUGGGAUCACACUCGUUGAUGCAAAAGUCAACCCCCCCCCCCCCCCCAACCACCCAAACCAAUGUAAAUGUGUACAUUUUUUGUUUUGUGAUUUGCAGAGAAGGGGUUUUUUUCUUGUAGAGAUUUUUUUAUUUGUUUAAAUGGGAAAUUCACUAUAGAUUUGGAGUUUUUUAAGACUA